AUGAAGGUGAUAGUGGUCUUUAUUCUUGUUCUUCACAUUACAACAGAAAUCUAUUCACUGUUCUUGCCACCUGCUCUGCUUGAUCUACCUCGUGGAUUACUAAAAUGCUUCAUGUUCAGAAAAAGUUACGGAUGCCCACAUGAAGAUAUUGGUUUUGUUCUUUACACACCAAAAUCAAAACGAGGGAAAUUAGUGGAUGUCAGAAAACCAAAGACAUUUGUGAAGGCUGGUUACAUUCCCGAACAUGAGACAGCUAUCAUCAUCCAUGGAUUCAAUGGAACACAAACAUCUGAACAUAUUAUGUACCUUAAAGAUGCUUAUUUGUCACGCCGGUAUAAUGUCAUUGCAGUUGACUGGGAACGUUUGACGACUUAUCCAUGCUAUCUUUCGUCACUUUCCAAUACGAAGCUUGUCUCACAAUGCACAGCACAGCUUUAUUCUUUUUUAACUUAUAUGGGAAGUAAGAUUGAAGACAUCACAUGUGUCGGUCAUAGUCUUGGCGCUCACAUUUGUGGGAUGAUGAGUAAUCAUCUUACAUCAAAACAACACAGAAUUAUUGGCUUAGAUCCCGCACGGCCGCUUAUUCAAGAUCAUGGCACACGAGCUUUUCGACUGACACGAGAUGAUGCAUAUCAUGUACAAAUAAUAUUGACAAAUGCGGGAUUUCUAGGUCAAUCGACACUUUCAGGGAGUGUGAAUUAUUGCAUUAACGGGGGACGUGACCAGCCUUAUUGUACCGGAAACAAGAUAAAAAGAUCCCGUUGUAGUCAUUUUCUCGCUGUAUGUUAUCUUGCGAAUGCCAUUUUUCAUAACAAAAAAAAUCUCGGCGUCCCGUGUCCUCGUGGUUGUGUGAUGAACAACCGAUUCCCAUUCAUUUUCAGUCAUACGAAUGAGAUUGAUCUGCUGUCAGGGAAGCUAAGAUAUUUCAAAUUGGGUCAGGAUACACCUGAUUACGGUCAUGGGACGUACUGUAUACGCGUCGAGCAUGCCAAUCACUGUCCAUUUCAUUGAAAUGUUGAGGAACUCAGAGCUUAAGAAAAUAAAUCUCAGUUAAUGUAUAAAGACAAAAACAAGUAAAUUAAGUUAGCAUUAACAGUAAAUUAAUGAAUUAAAUUUAUCCAAAUGAUUUCAAAAAUAGUGACUGGGUUGUUAGUUACAUUAACAUCAAUAAGCAUUGUCAUUGAAUAAAUUAACUGAUAAAAUUUGA